AUGCCGCCAGCCCCUAACGAGCUGGCUCGAGUUGUUUGGGCCUCCCACAUCCUCGCCUAUCUCGACCGCUACACGCACGUUCCGACUGAAGUGCCGAGCUUAGCGGAGGGUUUGGAUGAUGAUUUCGUUGGUGAAAACGAAGGAGGAGAGGCAAGAGACGACGAGACCAUCGCUCCAGAGCGUCUUGCGGCCCACGACGUCGGCAUCCGCAAGAAGUUUCUCAACUGCGUGGCCGAGCUCCUUUCCAAUGUCAAGGGCGGCGACCGCGUGAUGGCCACUGCGAUGAGGGAGUCGGAGGACGCAAUCGAGGUCGACAUUGCCAGUAAUGGGGGUUUCGGGCCCGAGGACGAGCAGUACCUCGACUCGCUGUCGCAGUUCCUAGCUCUUGAGGGAGAUGAGGACACCGCCGAAAAGCGGCAUGCGUUCCUAGACGCCACUAUUGCCUACAACGCACCGCGCAUUGACUUUUGGGCUGACGGGCUCGUCAAGAUAACCCGCAAGGCCCAGGACUUGUCGAAAGAAAGGCGGCGGAUCGUGGAGGCAGCCACGAUUGCGAUGCAGUCGCACGAAGAUGCAACCCUCAUCCUACAAAAGCACAUCGGCGAGAUGAGACCAGACGUAGUAUUCAGGUGGCUACGACUCCUAGCCAGGCCGGUCACCGGUCUUAAGAUACUCCGGCAAGUCGCUCAGCUGCUGCCAAACUUCCGCAAUGUCACGUUUAUCGCCCUUGUUCCGCCGCCACGGAUUUCGCUCUCUAAAAGCCAGAUCCCGCCGACGAUAGCGAGCGCCUGGAAGCGGCUGGGACUUCCAAAGCAGCCCAAUGGGCCACCAAGAACGCUUCACGGGAAGGACGCCAAGUUCAAGAAAGAAUGCGGCCGGGAGCUUCCGACCCACUGCGAGAUCCAGCUGGUGACGCGUCACGGGGUCCUCAAGACGAUAUUCAUCGACGUCAAUAAGCGGCGGAGUAUUGAUCUGAGUAGGCAUGCCUUGACGCUUUACUGCGAAGACCACAGCGAUGUGGCAAACGAGGCUGUCCACCAGGCGGUAGAGAGGUGCCCGGGAAUGACAGUGCCAACAAGGGUGUACGGGGAGGUGGUGGCUCUCUACGGGCGGCCAGGGCGGCACAGCGGGAUACCGUUCGGCGACAUGAACCUCGCCUGUUUCCGACACGUCCUCGACUACUUCAGCACCUAUUUCGACAGCGAGGUGCACCCGGUGAGGGGGGACGCGUAUUCCGUCCGCGCGCUCAAGAUCAGCUGCGAGCUGGAGCAUGCCUUGUCGGGGGACGAGCUCUUCACCGAGGUGUCGGUCGACCGCGACCUGCCCUUCGCCAGCCAGGUCUCGCAGCUUUCUAAAUUGCUCGGCUACGAAAUGCGUGUGUGCGAGACCGACUCAUCACGGCUCGAACAGCAUCUCGCGCUGGUGGGCGAGGACGACACAGGGCGCGACAUGGAGAACCCAUACGCCGAGGCGCUGAUGGUUAACAUGGACCAUUCUGGCGACAGGUGGGGGAAGGCGGCCGAGUACAUAUGCAGAUACUGCCACGACGUCCUGGGGUCUGUCUUUAGGCAGUUCGCCAGCGGUAAAAUAUCGCAACACAGCGUGCUGGCGGAGGCAAUUCCGGAGAAGCUGGCGGCCUGGCGAGAGGCUUUGCCGGAAAAGCUAGCGGCCCGGCGUGAAGCUCCGCUAGAGAAGCUGGCAGAGCUACGUGUGCGUGAAUUUCCCCCAGAGGAGGAGCUGGCGGCCGGGCGCGAAGCUCGGAUGGAGAAGCUGGUGGCCGAGCGUGAAGCUCUGGCGGAGAAGCUGGCGCCCGAGCGUGAAACUCGGCCGCCCGGGGAAGCUGACAUUAGGGAAUGA